AUGUCUUUGGAUUGGGAAUCCAAUCCACCUUAUUCUAAUGUAAAACAAGAUGAUAAGUUAAUAAAAUAUAAUGCAUCAUGUUAUUGUGGAUUAGUAAAAUAUGUUAUUUAUGAUGAAUAUCCAGUUGAUUCAACUUAUUGUCAUUGUCAUGGAUGUCAACAAUUACAAGGUGCACCAUAUCAAUGGGCAUGUAUUUUUCCAAAAGCAUCUUUAUAUUUUCUAUCAGGUUUAGAUUCAUUAAAAUUUUACAAUAGUGAUGAAAAUAUUCAAGAUCAUAUAUUACCAUGUAAAGUUAGUUGUAAACAAUGUUCAUCACCAUUAGCUGAUGAAGGACGUCGAAUGUGGUUGGCAUUUCCACAAACAUUUAAACAAUUUCGUUUAUCAGAAACAGUACGAGAAAAAUUAAAAGCCUCAUGUCAUAUAUUUUAUGGUCAAAGAACAAUUUCGAGUGAUUGUUUUAAAAAUGAUGGUUUACCAAAAUUUCAAGGACAUAAAAAUAAAUCAAAUAUUAUUUUAGAUCAAGAUAUUUAG